GAUAGAUGAUGCAAAGGAGCUUUUUGAUGAAAUGUCUCAUAAAGGUUUAGUUCCUGAUGUUGUUACUUAUUCUACUCUUAUAAAGGGUAUGUUUCAAGCAGGGAGACUGCACAGGAGCUCUUUAAGGAUAUGGGCCCUCAUGGUCAACAGCCAGAUAUAGUAACCUUCUCAAUUAUGAUUGAUGGUUUGUGUAGACAGGGGAAUCUCCAUGAGGCAAUCACACUAUUGAAAGCAAUGGAGAAAAGUCAGUUGAAGUCUAAUCUUGUGAUCUAUAGCAGUCUGAUCAAUGGUAUGUGCAAAGUUGGGAAGAUUAAUGAUGCCAAGGAACUGUUUUCUAGUCUUUUUGAAAUUGGUUUACAGCCUGAUGUUUGUGUAUAUAAUGCAAUUAUGAAAGGACUCUGCCAACAAGGAUUAAUGGAUGAAGCAUAUAAGUUAUUUAAAGACAUGGAAAAGGUAGGAUGUUUACCAAAUAAUUGUUGUUAUAAUAUCAUCAUUCAAGGGUUUCUCAAGCAUGAGGAUUUACCAAAAGCAUCAGAACUAAUCAACGAAAUGGUUGAUAAGGGGUUCUCUGCUGAUGAUGCUACCACAGAAUUGGUAGUACAUUUAUCGCAGAAUAAUAAUCUCAUUCUGAGGCUUUUAAAGGUGCGCAAUGAGGGAUCAGCAAACUAAAGUUGUUGUAUCUUGACCAUUCAAAUGUGUCUUGGAGUGCAACUUGGCAAUUACCUUUUUCAAAUAUAAUAGAUAUGUAAUUUAACUAACUUCUUCAAAUAUCAUUUUUAAUUGCAAUCAGCUGUGAUUCUCUUCCACAAAACAAAAAUUUCUAACACUGCAAAUUUCCUGUGGUGGAAACCAUGAUAUGUGUGUGCCUUUCGCUUGAAUUCAGACAUGGACUUGAUCUCUUUGAUAUAAGAUUGUUGAUGAAUGGAGGUCAUGGAUUUCUAAUCAUCAAGUUGCCGGUAAACCCACCAUCUCCAUUACAAUUUUUUUUUGGCUGCUACUACAGCCUUUAUUCGAGAGCUCAGUCCUAAAAUUGAGUUGAGAACUAAAACUAAUUGGUUCCAUACUACACUGCCUAUGAAUCUUUAUCUAUUUUUAUUUUUGUGCUCAAUGACCUUUCAAAAUGCUAUCAUUUCUCUUGUAGGUAUUUGCAAGGAUAUGACAACAACUUCACCUUUCUAACCAUAAAGGGCGCAGGAUAUACAGUCCCAGAAUACAAGGUAAGAAAAUCACUAGACUUCUACAGCUGUUGGUUGUAUGAAAUGUCACUAAAAUUAUAAACAGAAAAUUUUAUGGGAAUUGAGGGAAAAGCAAACGUCCUCUUUGUCAAUAUAACGGAUAUAUUUUAGUGUUGGACCACCAUUUGAGUUAUUUAUAUGGUGCAUUUUGCAAUACAUUUGUGUGGUGUUAUGAAUGUGAAACACAUUGUUUCUUACUGUUUGA